AUGAAGUUUCUCUCUCCAGCUGUGGUAGGCUCACUCACCGCCUGGCCAGUACUGGUGGCCUCUUUUGAGGAAGGCUGUGGCCUUGAAACUCAUUUGACAGUUACGGAGACGCAAAACGUCGAAAUUAUCUCCUGCACUGAUGAUGCGACAUUCACGCGCACCACAUCUGUCGUCCGCACAUUAGUUUUCCAUGCUCGGCCACCAUACAUUCUGGUCCACGAAGGGUACGAAGGACCAGUUCCGACAACAGUCACGUUUGCCCCAACAGGAACAGAUCCUGGCACCAUAGUCAUUUACACACCGACCGACGCCCCUGAUGAUGAACAAAAUAAGAAGGAUGGCUCACAGUCUGUACACACAACAUCGCAGCACCCUGGCGGAGGCUGGCCUACAAAUUGGCCUUACCCACCGCCAUGGGUGCCGUGGCAGUCUGAUUCUCACGACAAGUUCGUGCCGUACCCAACCAAUAUCGGCCGGGUAACAACCUUGAAAAGUGAGGCCACACCAGGAACUUCGACAACAGCUGCCUUUACUUCACCUGCCUCCGGAUCUGAGGCUCCUUCUAACUCUUGGCUACCAAUCGAAUCGACCUUCAGUAACUCGCAGGAUGCCAUGGAAAGCAAGAGCGCGGAUAUAUCUGCUUCGCGAACAAACUCGAUGCCCUCGUCAUCCAUUAUUGGCUCCUUCUUCACAUCAGCCACAGGAUCCUCUUCUGAGCCACUCCCUAGCUCUGGUUUCCCUUUUCCCAGUUCACUGCUGCCCGAAUCCAGUUUCAUCCUGCCAAAUAGCAACUCCGCCGAGCCCAGUUCAGUUACCCCGUCUGAAAAUUCCUUUCCGCCUUUCUUUAGCUCUGAUUCCCCGAUCCCCAGUUCAUUACCACCCCAGCCUAGUUCCCUUCUUCCCAACAGUGCUUCGGCUGAUCCCAGUCAUGAUCCCCUGCCUAGUCACUUGAUUCGCUCUCCAGCUCGAUAG